AAAAAAAAAAAAAAUUUUAUAUUAAAAAAAAAAAAAAAAAAAAAGCUGGAACUCAGGGGCUGAGCUGCUUCAAAUUGCAGAAAAUCGAUUUAUCUAUCCAUUAAAUCAGAAUUGGCAGUUUCCUCAUCUCCUCGUCCGCCCCCCAUUCGUUCCUCCCCACAUAUUCAACUGUUUGUUGAUCUUAUCUUCCAUUGAUAAAAUCUUAAAACCCUAUUACUGAAAGACUAGAAGAAGAAGAAGAAGAAGAAACGAGGAGGAGAGGCAUGUCUAUCUCUAAAAAGGGAGUUGUUCUUCAACAGGAUGCUCCAUGGAGAGCCUCCUCAUCAAAGCCCCUUCCUAAAAUUCAUCAUUCUCCUGUUCUUCGCGUCUCUCAAACUCCUUAUUCAACUUACGCCCUCUCCGUUAUGAAGCAUCCGAAUCCGAUUGGAAGUGGAUUGGCAACAGAAGCCAUGGUGGAAGCCGCCGGUCCCGAUUGUAUUGUCCCUGGCCAAAUUACUCCCGUUCGAUUACUUGGGCUUAAGGUAUGGCCGAUAGAAGUUGACCUUAAAUUUAUGGAACCAGUUGGACGAGAACUCAAGCUGCUUGGAAAGUUCAUGGAUAAUGCUGUUAACCUCAUGAACAAAUCAUUCAUAGAUCGCUAGUAGCUUUUGGGUGAUCUGGCAGAUGCGAUUUUGGGAAUUUGAAGAGCAUAGCCUAGACAACUGGAGUGACUGUAAAUAAGAUCUGCCUUUGCGCUGUAUUUCAUGCUUCUAAUAACAAUUCUCUAGAUUUUUGGUUCUUCAAUGUUUGCUUCUGGUUCUACAGCUUUUACAUCUUUUCUUUUUUGAAAAAAUAAAUUACAUGGAUAUCUAUGUUUUCCCUUU